AUGUCAAGUGGAACACUAGCAUUCUUCGACGGCCUACCACUUGUCACAUCAGACACCAUUCCUGUCUUGCGCCGGUUUCUGCUCCGAAAACUCGGAGAGGAGAGCCCGAGUGUCGACUCGAAGAUGUAUUGGCCCGUUGAUCGGCAUAACAUGACUCUCGGAAUUGCUGUUGUCAGGUUCGCCACUGAUGUGGAGGCCCAAGAGGCGAUCGACAAUUUAGAAGGCAGGCGAACUGCCAGAUUCGGAAGUUCUGCAGCCUUCGUGCAACAGCCGAGCCUCCGCAAAGAAGAUCUGACGAAGAAAUAUUCCUUUGUCAGCUGGAAUGCCCACUCGGCUGUAUAUUGCAGGCUUCUAAACUGUGGAGACUUUAGCACGGACUUACUACAGCAAAUGGAUGCCGCGUCUGAGCAGCUGCCCAUGGGCUGCGACUGCACUCCGAUGCCAAUGCCAAUGGCCAGGCCGAUGGAUCUUCGUAGUGACGGUGGACAUCUCGAUCCUUCUUCAACAACAUCUACCAGUCACCAUCCCAUCAUAACAAAUACCAUUGGAACCUGCCACACUUUGACCGCUGCAACUUCAAGCGCGCCAUGA